UAUCCAACUUUUUUACAAAUGGCAAAUACUGGUUUUUGCGCCUUUUGUUGUCGGAGAAAGUGGGUGAAAAGGGAUUGGGCUAUCGCAACCGUCGCAAUCACCGUCAUCAUCGCCGCCGUCAUUAUCGUCAUCCUCUUUUUCACUGUCUUCUCCGAUUCUCGUAACCGCAAAACUUCCUCGCCUACUUUUGCUCCUCCUUCCGCCGGCGAUUUCGUUCCGUUGACUUUGCUUCAAAGUGCCAAAGCUACAGGCGCCUUUUGCUUAGAUGGAAGUUUACCUGGAUAUCAUUUCCAGAAAGGCUUUGGAUCUGGUUCUAGCAAUUGGCUUCUCCACAUUGAGGGUGGAGGUUGGUGUAAUUCAAUAGAAUCAUGUAAUAGUCGAAAAGGAACAUCUUUAGGUUCAUCAAAUUACAUGGAACAUCAAGUUCAAUUUUCUGGGAUUUUAAGCCAAGACCCUUCUCAAAAUCCAGAUUUUUAUAAUUGGAACAAAGUUAAGCUACGUUAUUGUGAUGGUGCAUCUUUUGCCGGCCACCCUGAAAGUGAGUUCAAGAAUGGAACAGAACUUUUCUUUAGAGGCCAACUAAUUUGGGAAGCAAUGAUGAAUGAACUCUUAUCACUUGGCUUAUCUAAGGCAAAAGAGGCACUUCUUACAGGAUGUUCUGCUGGGGGGUUAGCAACUUUUAUACAUUGUGAUGACUUUCGUGAUCAGCUGCCAAAGGAUGCUACCGUUAAGUGUCUUGCAGAUGCAGGUUAUUUCCUUGAUGAGCCAGAUAUUCUUGGAAAUCGCACCAUGCUUGCUUUCUAUCGCGAUGUUCUCCAACUUCAGGGCGUAGCAAAAAGUUUGCAGCAGGAUUGUGUUGGAAGAAUGGAACCGGUUAAGUGUAUCUUCCCUCAAGAAAUUAUCAAAAAUGUUAAGACCCCAUUUUUCGUUGUCAAUCCAGCUUAUGAUUCUUGGCAGAUAGAAAAUAUCUUAGUCCCUAUUGGAUCAGAUCCCCAAGGCUAUUGGAGCAGUUGCAGAUUAAGCAUUAAGAAGUGUGAUGCUACACAAAUCAAAAGACUACAAGGUUACCGUGAUGCUAUGCUUAAGGCACUAAGCAUGUUUCAAAGAAACGAGGAAGGGGGUAUGUUUAUAAAUUCUUGCUUUUCUCAUUGCCAGACAUCAUAUUCUGCAUGGCAUUCACCCAAUUCUCCAAGAAUCAACAAUAAGACCAUGGCCGAGUCAGUGGGUGAUUGGUACUUCAAUCGGAAAGAAUCGAAGCUUAUUGACUGCCCUUAUCCAUGCAAUCCCACUUGCAAUAACGAUGACUACACUUGAUUUCAGGUCGUCCGUUUUAUCUGCUGCUGUAUGAAUGGAUUCCAUAUGUUUGAUCGACUUUUCAAUACCCCUGGCAAGUUGGAUAUACUCGCUCUGUAUUCUUUAUUUUAAAUAACAUUGAUGUACACUUUGUAUAUCAUCCUCUAAUUGGUAAUUUCAAAAAGCUUUAAAAUCUUUCAUUCAAA